GAAGCCUGCAGACACGCCGGACCCCUUUGGAGUAUGCGCUCCUGAUUCACAAGUCUCCAGGUGUUCUCCACCACUCAGCGGCACGAUUUUGAUCUGAGGGCAAGAAAACACCGCAGCAUGCAAAUUGUUUUGUUUUAGUUUCAUAUUAAUUCAAUUAUUUUUCUUUUUGCAUCCCAAAACCUCAUUGCAUGUGGGCAUAUUCGGCUGCUUCAAUAGAAAAACGAUUUGCAAAGGGGUAUUAUUUAAUAUUAUCAUAAAAAAUAUAUAGCUCCCGUUUAUCUGGAAUCGCAUUUACUAUUCUCCUUCCACAAUGGCUGAUACCAACGCUGAAUGCAACAUCAAGGUGUUGUGUCGAUUUCGUCCGCUCAACGAGUCGGAAAUUGUCCGCGGAGACAAGUUCAUCCCGAUAUUCCAAGGAGAAGACACUGUCAUCUUCGGGGGGAAGGCAUACGUGUUUGACCAGGUCUUCCCGACUAACACCACACAGGAACAAGUCUACAACACCUGUGCCAAACAGAUUGUCAAAGAUGUUCUUGGGGGAUACAAUGGGACCAUCUUUGCCUAUGGGCAGACCUCUUCGGGAAAGACACACACCAUGGAGGGUAACCUCCACGAUCCCCAGGCGAUGGGAAUCAUGCCUCGGAUCGCCCAGGACAUUUUUGAACAUAUAUUUGCCAUGGAUGAAAACUUAGAGUUUCACAUAAAGGUCUCCUAUUUUGAGAUCUACAUGGAAAAAAUCAGGGACCUACUGGAUGUGACAAAAAACAACCUGUCAGUGCAUGAAGACAAAUACAGAGUUCCCUAUGUGAAGGGCUGCAGUGAGCGCUUUGUGACCAGUCCAGAGGAAGUGAUGGAUGUGAUAGAUGAGGGGAAGGCCAACCGUCACGUUGCUGUCACCAACAUGAAUGAGCACAGUUCCCGCAGUCACAGCAUUUUCCUGAUUAACAUCAAACAGGAAAAUGUGGAGACGGAGCAGAAGCUGAGCGGGAAGCUGUAUCUGGUUGAUUUAGCUGGCAGUGAGAAGGUCAGUAAGACGGGUGCAGAGGGAGCGGUGCUGGAUGAGGCCAAGAACAUCAACAAGUCCCUGUCGGCUCUGGGGAACGUCAUCUCAGCGUUGGCAGAAGGAACGAAAUCCCACGUGCCGUAUCGUGACAGCAAGAUGACUCGCAUUCUCCAGGACUCUCUGGGUGGGAACUGUCGCACCACCAUGUUUAUCUGUUGCUCUCCCUCCAGCUACAACGAUGUGGAGACCAAAUCCACGUUGAUGUUUGGCCAAAGAGCCAAGACCAUUAGGAACACGGUAACGGUGAAUCUGGAGCUCACAGCAGAGCAGUGGAAGAAGAAGUACGAAAAGGAGAAGGCGAAGAACAGGUCAAUGAAGGAGACUAUCCAGCGACUUGAAGCUGAGCUGAACUGCUGGAGGAAUGGGGAGAAUGCUCUCAUGCUGGGGCAGCUGAGGGAAGGAGAAGAGGAUUCCCUCUUUGUGCCACCAGAACCGGUGGAGUCGUCCCUCGAAUUAUGCAGCCCCUCCACCCCAUGCACUCCCUGCAGCCCCUGCUCCAUCGCAUCCUCCAUCGUGGUCCACAUCUCACAUGAAGAGCGACAAAAGUACGAGGAGGAGAUCCGCAAGCUUUACAAGCAGAUGGACGAUAAGGAUGACGAGAUCAACCACCAGAGCCAGAUGGUGGAGAAGCUGAAGGAGCAGAUGCUCGACCAGGAGGAGCUUUUAGCCUCAUCCAGGGGAGACAGCGAGAGGGUGCAGUCUGAGCUCUGCAGGCUGCAGACCGAGAACGAGUCCUCUAAAGCCGAGGUGAAGGAGGUGCUUCAGGCGCUGGAGGAACUGGCGGUGAACUACGACCAGAAGAGCUUGGAGGUUGAGGAGAAAAGCAUGCAGAACAAGCUCCUGGCAGAAGAACUUGCUAAAAAGAUGACUCACCUCCUGGCCUUGGAAGCAGAGCUGUCACGUAUCCAGGAAGUGAGCGGCCACCAAAGGAAACGGAUUGCUGAAGUUCUCAACGGGCUGACGAGGGACCUGCGUGAGUUCAGCACCAUAGUGGGAAACAGGGAAAUCAAGCUGCCAGCGGAGAUCACCGGCGCGAUCGAGGAGGAGUUUACGGUUGCUCGUCUCUACAUCAGUAAGAUAAAAUCGGAGGUGAAAUCGAUGGUGAAGCGGUGCCGCUACCUGGAGAACCUCCAGAUGGAUUGUCAACGCAAGAUGGAGGAGACGAGUAGAGAGCUGUCAUCGUGUCAACUCGUCAUCGCACAGCACGAGGCAAAGAUUCGCUCUCUGACAGAGUACACGCAGAACGUGGAGAUGAAGAAGAGGCAGCUGGAGGACGGCUACGAUUCUCUGACCGAGGAGCUGGCUAAACUCCAGGCUCAAGAAAGCAUGUCUCAGAUGACCAGUGAGGAGACUCACACAUCUCACCAGAAUUCCUGCGAUAUUAAGACAGCUCUGGAGGAGCAGAUGCAGUCGCACCGAGAGAUGCACAGCAAGCAGCUCAACCAUCUUCGAGACGAGAUCAAUGAGAAGCAGAAGAUCAUUGACGACUUAACCGAUUGUAACCAGAAGCAGCGAUUGGAGUUGGAGCAACUGCACGGUGACUUUGAACGCCUCAGAACUCAGGAGCAUCACAAGAGCCGGCAGCUGGAGGAACUGACAUUUCUCUGUGAGCGGCACGAGCAGUCAAAGCAGGACCUCAAAGGUCUAGAGGAGACCGUCGCUCAUGAGCUCCACACGCUUCACAAUCUACGCAAACUUUUUGUUCAAGACCUCACAACUCGAGUUAGGAAAAGCGCAUGCAUGGAGCUUAAUGAUACUGGAGGAUUUCUCACACAAAAACAAAAGAUUUCUUUUCUUGAAAACAACUUGGAGCAGCUUACAAAGGUUCACAAACAGCUGGUACGUGACAAUGCAGAUCUUCGCUGUGAGCUUCCAAAACUGGAGAAACGUCUUCGCUCUACAGCUGAGCGGGUUAAGGCCCUGGAGGGCGCGCUGAAGGAAGCAAAGGAGGGAGCCAUGAAGGACCGCCAGCGCUACGAGCAGGAAGUAGAGCGAAUCAAGGACGUGAUGAGGACUCGCAAUCCGUUCCGCCGUCCUCACGCUGCACAGAUAGCCAAGCCCGUUCGUCCAGGUCACUACCCCCUCUGCUCCCCUAUCAGCCCCUUCCUCAUCCGAGGAUACAACGAUAGCCCCAUUCCUUUCUGCCACGCCAUUUUCCAGAACAAAAACGGCCAGCGAGCAGCUUCUCCACCACCUCCGGAUACAGACGACAGAUUAUCCGAAGUCAGCUCACACCAGAACGGCCCUGCAGAGCCGCUCGACCCACAAGACAGCGACUCACGUGACAGCGACGAUCAGAACAACAUGCUUCCAGCUGAACCAGCGAGCAAAUCGGUGAAGUCCUCAGAGAUGCUCGAUUCAGAAAACGGAAACACCACAGAUAUCAAUGACAACAGCAUGUGUCUGAAUGUGAAUUCUGUGUCCAGAACUGAUGUCUGUGACAAUCAGGAAGCAGCCAACCUCUACAAGCUGAAGCCUGAAGGCUCAGCCAGCUAAUGGGCCUGAGCAGGCAGGCGACUUUGUCUGAAGCCUUCUCUUUAAAUCUGCAUGCAGAUGAUCUCUGUCGUCUCUAAAAGAAGAAAAAACUUUUUUCCCAUCCUCACCUGUUGUAAACAGUCCUCCUGUGUCUAUUUUCAAGCCUCUGCUUGCUAUUCCUUGAUUUCCCUUCUUUCCUCGGUUUGUUGGGUGUUUGUGGGUAACAGUUUGGCAAGCACUGCAUCUUAAAUACCUGGCAGCCAGCACCUGCUGCUGCUCUCUGUACCCCAUGACUUGAAAUACAAAAGGGACCAAAAAUAGAGCACGACAGGCUCCCACUUGGAAGUGCUGUUCAGCAUGAGGGACAUGAAACCAGUGCAGUCUGCAGUGACACAUCAAAAACUUUAUCAACUUUAGUAAACACGUGACUUAUCUGAAAACAAAGAGUGAGAAUGUGCAAAAAAAAAAAAGUGAAAAAGAACAGCACUCACUUUAUUGAUAAUUAUAUUUUUAUUGCAUGAUCAUUUUUAUGUUUUCCUUCAGUAUUUUUUUUUAAUUACACAAAUAAGAGCUGCCCUGGUGAGGUAACGUUACCAUGAAAUGUGUAAAUCUCCACAGCAACUAAAUAAGCUUCGUAUAGGAGUCUAAAGGCUAAACAGAACAGAAAGAAAUGUGUAGAUUAACGUGACCAAGUUCUAUUUAAAGUCCCGUCUUUCAGUCCCAUUCACCAGAGCAGGCUGUGAAUGUACGGUUUUAUUUUAAAAUGUAUUUUUAGGAAAAAAAAAGAAAUUUCAAUCGUAGUUUAAAGUUUAUUUUUAUUUAAUUUAUGUUCAAAUGCAACAAUGAUGUUACAAAGUUAUUUUAUGCAAAAUAAUGGUUUCAUUACCUUUCAAAGUCUGAAAAAGUUGUUUAUAGUUGAGAAUGUUGUUUGAUUGUUUUUUAACAUGAACUGAAUAACUAUUUUUGACCUAAGCAGGUGUUUUUGUGAUUAUAUUUAGCAUUUUUGUCACCAGUUUAUUGUGUGUGCGCUUCUUUUGUUUACCUGGAUGCAGCUAAAGCCGACUAAAACAUAAAAAGAAAAAGUUACAGAGUGUUUUUUCAGCAUUUAAAUAGAUCGGUUACAUCUAAAUGAAUCGUGUCCAACAGUAAUGUCCAAGGCUCUUUUUGUUAGAAACUCAUACCCAGAGCCUUCACAUCAGUCGACACUGUGACAACUAGGACAGAAACUUAAGAAAAUACACAAUAAUCUCCCUUUAAAGUAGAUUUUAGACAAACUUAUCGAUUAGGACAUAAGUAUAACUUCCGGGCAUGCCGUUUCCAAAGUAGAUUUUUGUCCCCUGCAAUUUUUUACCAUUAUGCUUUAUUAAAUACACUAGUUGAGCACUCGGACCAAAAGUUCAGCUAGAAUCUGAUGUAAAUGAGCUCUAUUGAUCAGAUUUUCAAAAAACAAGUGUCAAAUGGGGACAAUGAGUAGGAAUGAAAAUGACUAACAAGGUGAAAAACAAAGUUGAAUCGAUAGUAUUAGUUUUUUUGUUUUCCUGCCAUCUGUGUACUUCACAGUUCUGCAAUCCUGACAUUACAUAAAAGAGCCUCUAUAGGCUGUAGUUUAGUUUUAUACAUCAUUUUGUAUACUUACUGUGAAGACAUCCCCCCCACCCCCCGGUCCUCAUGCCGGUUGUGUGUCCCCCACUUCUAAAGUCAAAACUACGUCCAUGCUCCUGAUAGAGCUAAAACCUGUCUUGACACCUUUAUAUGAGAUACUUUCUCACAGUUUAUGUGUAUUAUUAUGAAAGUACAACAAAUCAAUGCAUUUAUCCAGCCCGUGUCUACAGUACAGCUUGACACAGCCCUUUUGGGCGAGACCAUGUACCCGAACAACAAAGUCGAUCAGAACGUUGAUAAAAGUACUGAACUCAAGUAUUCUGUGGUCGGCACAAGUUGUCACAGCAGUCAGACUUUGAAUCAUUUGCUAAAAGGAAGCUUGAGGAGCGAAGCAGACGGAUUGUUUGAGCUGAGAAGAGACUUUCAUGCUGAAUGUUAUCUCCAGAAAACAGCCUGCCGAGGACUAUGAGUGCAACGUUAAACAUUUCAUCCAAAAGCAUGAAAGUGUGGAAAAAAUAAUAUGUAGCAACUAUUUUUAUACUGCUAUAUUUAGUUAGAAAGAUAAACCUAUAUUAUCAGCUGCUCUAGAUGAAAUGUUAUUUAUUUGCAAUUGAUAUAUAUUUUUUGUCUCUACCUGUUGCUGAAUGUGAAUGAUUGUGUUAAGUUUAAAUGUACUUUUAACAUGCAUUCCUUUGAAUAACUGCUCUGACUUCCACUGUUUUGUGAGUGAACGUGUGUGGCUGCUGAUGUGUGUGUUUUUUUUAAAGAUGAUGACUAAUUCUGGAUAUAUAGUUAAUUUUUAUUUUUUUUUAUUUUUGCUUGCGAGUGAAACUGAAGCUUGGAUCUUGCUCUGCAAUAACCUCCUAACCUAAAAGCUCCCUUGGACAUAUGACGCAGAGGUUACUGCAGGUUAUCAUAUGCUGAUAACGCUCUGUCUCACACACAUUCUCUGAGAUACGCCAUCUCAUCAACCAGUCGGUUUUUAUUUUUGACCUUUGAGAAUGCAGAUAAGUUAAAGGCCCCAGUGGGUGCAGUCGGAGAUUUCUGAGCAGAUAAGUGCUUCUGGUAUCAAACAUCACUUCCAACUCUCUCAGUCGACCUCCUGAUCAGAUAGUCAGGAUGAGACGAGUGUGUGAAGACCAAGGAGGUCUCUAAUGCAGUUUUUACAAAUAAUUUUUGAGUUUCUGUUAUCCCUCAUCUCAAAUUCAACAAUGACCACUAGCUGCACACUGGAAAAUGACAGUGGAAAUCAGAAAGGUGCACAUAGAAACAUUCAAUGCAUUUCUGUUAGUCAGGGACCAAAAUAAAACAGUAAAGUUUAACUGAGCUAACUCUUCUCUGCAGUGUAUUACUUAAGCUCUAGUUUCAACUCCUUGAAAAAUGUUUGAAAACAUUAUUUUUCGUUGAUCUCUAAUAAUACCAAACGUUGUUUUAUUUUAUACACUUGGAAAACUCAGACACUUUUAGAUUAAGGUACAUUUUGCAAGAAUUAUGCAUCUGUGGACGAAGCAACAGAGCUAACCAUGUGGGCAGUAUCCCAAAAUGUUUCAAAAUCUCUUGCAAUUGUCUCCUGUUGGUGUUGUUGGUCCCAAAGGUCCCUGAUCCAGGGUGUCUGUUGGCCUCCCUUACUCACAGACCUUUAGUCCCCUUGGGUUUCAUAUUAAACCCAGUUGAGAUGAGUGACUGUUGAUUUGUUAUAGCAACCAGCUAGUUGGCUAAAGGCAGCUUUUCUACAGAAUUGUGAAGAUUGUAGGGACCUUGACAGGAAGUCCUCGUUUUGGUGGACUGGAAGAUUGCAUUGUUCUUAAAAAGGACACAAAAAGAGAACAGAUGUGGGCCCUUUUACACUUUACUUUAUGCUCUCAGGGGUCGCAGUAGCAUGUAGAAUGUCCAUACUCUUCAUACUUCACACCAGUCUGGCUGGUCACAUCCAUUACUCACUUGCUGAAUGUCAACCAGUUGGGUGGAGAUGCUCAUGCAGCAUGUCUUAGAUGUACAAGAGUUAUUACUCAGGUGUCAGUCAUACUUAUAAAUGUGUCGGUUUUUCUUAAUUGUAUUUCCCUACAUGCUAUCUGAUUUAUCUACACAACAUGUAACCAGCUGUCUCUCAUUAAUCAGUGAAUUUCCUCAAACAGAUUCUCUAGUUUCACUCUUGGGGUGUUGGUAAAAUUGCCCCUGAAUGACAGCUAAACAGCCAAUCACAUUUGUUUGCUAGGGAGUCAUUUUGGCCAAUCAGCAUCACUGAAUUUAUUGUCUCUGGGGCACUGGGAGAUGUCGCUCUUGCUACAGGAAAUAGCUAGCUAACAUGCUAGAAGGUGCUGGAUCUCCUUUCCCCUCUCUCACUGAUACCCUACCUGCACCUGUUGCAGUAAAAUGUGUUUAUCUGUUUUUAUUUUACGUGACUAUAAUGUUCAAGACAGGAUAUCUAACUCAUUUUUUUACAUCAGCACCACCUACUGGUGGAACUGAGAAUGACACUUUGAGCGGAUGAUUCGAUGAGGCGCAAGCUGGAAAACAAAUCAAUUUCAAAAUAAAACAUGAAUAAGGCCAAAAUUUGAAAUUAUGGACUGCAAUUGAUCUUAUAGGUAGAAAGAUGUACAGGGUAGGUUUGAGUAGUCCAAUGUAUGCGUACAUUUGAUAAUAUACUGUAAAACUGCUGUAAUGGAGAAGAGAAAAGGAUGAUUGUUUUGGAAUUGUAGUCAUUUUACAACUGUUCAUUUAAAUACUUAGAUGGGAAAUCUUUUCAAACAUAACUCCAGUAAGAAUAACAGGUGCCGCUGCUGCUGCUUACUAAUAUUAAAAUAAUACCCAACAGGAGAACAUGACAGGGGAUUUUGGGGACCUUAUGAAAAAAACAUUGUUUUUCAUGGAGUUGUUGGAAAGUCUAGAGCUUAUUUUGGCAAAUUACAACCUGCUCCACGCAGUCCCACAGCUCAAGACCUUUUACCUACUAACCCAAAGUGGAAGUCAGUGUAAACAGUUGCAGACUCAGCAGGAUUGCUGAGACUCACAGGUCAGGUUUUGUGUUUAUUUUGUCUGCAAUUUUGUGUUUUCACCCUCUCAGGCUCAAAAUAAGUUUUGAUAAAAGGACGAACAACUAAGUCCUUCAGGGGAACUUCUGAGUUAAAAAAUGCUCAUGAAAUACGUACGUGGAGUAACCAGGUAGGUAGGUUUUAACGGUGCAAAUCUGCAACACCUGCAGAGGGUUAAAACAUUUUAGUAAGUUGGUCCAUUUGACCAUAUUUUUUUAUUAUUAAUUUUACAAAACAUACCUUCAUUAGAAUAUUUUCCACAUCUGAUUACUGAAAUAAAAAAAAAUUAAUAAAAGAUAUUUUUGUGUUUUAUUUUAUUCCUGAUUAUUUAACAUUGCAAUUGUUGGGUUUCACUUUUUUCAAAAGGUCAUUGAACUUUAAGUCAGUCACGUUUACCUACAGAAACAAGUACUGAAUGUUAACCAUCAGUCUGCUGUCAGUGAAAAGCGGUUACCUGAUGUGCACUAUGGCUUCUUAUUUAGCUGUAAGUGUUGGGAUGAAUAAAUGUACAUUUUUAUUUUGUUUUAUGUCCGACUGGUCUGAUUCUUCCGCAGUAAUUAUAACCAAUUUUAAAACAACCUGGCCAGGUAAAUUCUUUGUGAUACCAAAUAUACAGAAGUGGCACGGCAGGAAAUGUGGAGUGCUUUAAAAAAAGAAUGGGGGCAGAAUGUCAAUUUGUGAAGUUGUGUGUUGCUUGGUUUGUUUGUUUGUUUGUUUGUUUGUUUAUAGCGUGUGGUUUAGUGCAUGGAGUACUCUUUUCUGUAGCUGCUGAAAAGCAGCUUUGUUAUCCCAUUUCAAUAAAUGCGAUCCUGUGGCCAUAAA